AUGACCUGGUUCCUGGUGCUUUAUGCUGAUUUCGUGGUGAACUUUGUCAUGCUGCUGCCUGCCAAGAGCUUUUGGUACUCGCUCCUCAAUGGGGCUGCCUUUAACUCCCUGGCUGUGUUUGCCUUGGCCUCACAUCUUCGCACAAUGUUAACAGACCCAGGGGCUGUCCCAAAAGGCAAUGCAACCAAGGAGUACAUGGAGAGCCUGCAGUUAAAGCCUGGGGAGGUAAUCUACAAAUGCCCAAAGUGCUGCAGCAUCAAACCUGAGCGAGCGCAUCAUUGCAGUAUUUGUAAAAGAUGCAUAAAAAAGAUGGAUCACCAUUGUCCGUGGGUCAAUAACUGUGUGGGAGAAAAGAAUCAAAGAUUUUUUGUUCUUUUCACGAUGUACAUAUCGCUGAUAUCUGCCCAUGCAUUGGGACUGAGUGGAAUGCACUUUUUUACAUGUAUUAAAACCCAAUGGAAUGAAUGCAGUACCUUCUCCCCUGGUGUAUCUGUGCUGCUUCUCAUCUUCCUAUGUCUGGAAGCCAUCCUCUUCCUCACUUUCACGGCUGUAAUGUUUGGUACACAGAUCCACUCCAUUUGCAAUGAUGAGACGGAGAUCGAACGCCUUAAAAACGAGAAGCCCACCUGGGAGCGGCGUGUGCGGUGGGAUGGGAUGAAAGCAGUCUUUGGGGGACCUCCGUCUUUCCUGUGGUGUAAUCCGUUCACAGGAUUACGGUUGCGACGUUUGAUACUCCUGAUACACAGCCGCCGUAGUGGAUCGGAAUUCUCUGUGUGA